CUUUCACCUUGGCUACUGUCGGUGUGUGGUCUCUGAAAAUCUACUACCGCAUCACCGAUAAAAACAACUGUGUUUGAAAUGGAACAAACAAAAAAAAUUGAUGACAUCGAGGGUAGCUGGGAAAGUACGGAUGACAGCCUCUCCCAAGCAAGAAGUUCUAACACCAGUGUGGAGCCUGCCCCAUUCUGCAGCAGUGCAAGGCAAGAUGAUACAGAAACAGCAUUCCUUCAGCAAUAUGUGAAUCAGCACGAACAAGCAGUGAAGGAACCACCACAGAAUGAAAAAGUCAAUCAAGACAGCUCUGGACAGAAUUUAGACCCUUGUGCUGUGAAAAGUGAGAAGGAUACUGAAUAUGCUAACUCUAAACAGAAAACUGUCUCGAUUUGUGGCAUGGAAGCAGAAAUUAAAGGUAACGUCUGGCUUACUUCAGCAUGCCAGAGUGUUGUUGUAAAUACAUCUACUGGGCAGCAACAGGAAGAUAAUUAUCAAACAGCCUCUCCAUUACCCACAGAGCAAAAAGAAAGCGCCUUAAAAACUGUGAGCAGCAGCGACAUGAGGAAAGCCGCAGAAGGCAGCAGUGCAUUUCUUGAAUCCAAUGGACAACCACUGAGAGAGAAGUGGUUUGAGAAUGACACUGAACGCCAAACAGCAGGCUCCAAGAAGGAGCUGUCUCAAGGCGAGACUGUUGCAAGUCGUGUUGUAAGCGAGCCGGAAAAGACUGUAGAGACCAGAAGUGUGAGGGAUGGAUCUGCACCUGUGUUGGCUGAGGACCAGGUUGUGCCCGUGGAAAAAUACAAUCUGAAAGAAGAGGAAACGAAUACUGAAGGAGAAGGAGUUAAAAAUACAACAACAGAUUCAUGGAAGAAUACCUUGGUUAAAAAUCAAGAGGAUGAUGAGGCUGCUGAUGAGGAGGUAAAGAUUUGUGGGCGUGAGCUAAAGCGUUUUCUCUCUCAGACUGAGCUCUAUCUUGCCAAACCUGAUCAACAAGCAACUCAGAUUAAUGAAGCAAGUCCCUCAUCAGAUCUGAAUGCAAUUCCUUGUGGAGAUGUCAGUGUACACUGCCCAAUCCCACAAAGUGACCAAUAUACACUAUUCGACAACACAGACACUGAACCUUUGGUGAAGCUGGCCGCGUCUGCUGAUGAGAAUGGAUCUGUUGCAGAAGACCAAAGUCCUGACAGACAGCCCAAUUCAUCCACCUCUGGGGUGGAGUCACAAAUAGAUAAUAGCAAGUCCAGUUGCGUCACCAUCUCUACACAGGUCAGCCAGUCAAACCAAGCUUCAAGCACUAAGGAAAGCAGGCCUGGCAGCGGUGAAUUGGUUGAAAGCGUAUUAGACAAGGUUAAUCCUAAAGAACAGGCUGACACAUUUUGCCUCAUUGACUGGGUUUCAAGUAGUGAUCUGGAAGACACUGCAGGCUGUGAAAAUCGCAGCCGGUUUGAUGAGAAUGGAGAAGGUGCUUCAGCUCAUCAAGAUCUGAAACAUGUGUACGGGUCUAAACUGGACCACGCCACACCAGUUAUGCAGCCUGCAAGCACAAAUGCAACUCUCUGCAGCAACAAGGCCACUAACAAACAGCUCAGUCCGCAAGCUUACACUGACAGCAGUGAACAGGACCAUUUGUUGCAGCAGGCAGACCAGAUGACCAAGUCUGAUCAAACAAUGCAAAGUGUACAGAGCAAGGUACUCAAUGUGAAGCACAUGUGCUCUUAUGGUUCUGCAGAGAGCCAGCCUGAUGACAAGGACUGUGCUGUACAUGAUCAGCAGCCCGGCAAAGUUGAUCAGACUCCACAGAAAGGCUAUGUCAAAGAAGAGAGUGAAUUGUGCAAAAUUACAUCCAGCAUUGGUGCUGAUGGGCCUGACCAAGCUGAUUUUGCUGGGCCACCUUCACAAGAUGCUGGCAUAGAGGCUGAAUGUGGUGAAGACCGGAAGGGUGAGCUGAGUGACAAGUCUGAGAAAGGCAGUAGUCCUAUUGACCUCACUGACGUGGUGAGUGGACAGGGGAAAGAACAAAACCAUCAGCCACCUGACACAAGCUCAACCACAGAGAUGAAACCAGCUGUUACCGCAGCAGCGUUGAGCAGGCUUCUGGAGACCCCUGUGGAAUCAUCAAAGGUGAUGCCUGACAAGGCCGAUGACUUGACUGAGAGAAAGCCUGAUUCCGAAGAGAUGGUUAAUAUUUCUGAUAUUAAAAAAGUGUUUGAGAAAAAGGACCAGAAAAAGGUGGUGCCAGUUGCUAAGAAGAAACCAGAGAUGUUUCGGGGGGUUGUACGACGGAGCAAAUUUCGCCACGUCUUUGGACAAGCUGUGAAAAAUGAACAAUGCUAUGAUGACAUCAGAGUUUCCAGAGUUACCUGGGACAGUUCGUUCUGUGCUGUAAAUCCCAAGUUUGUGGCAAUAAUUGUCGAGGCUAGUGGUGGUGGAGCAUUCAUGGUACUUCCUUUGCAGAAGACGGGCCGAAUUGAUAAGGCAUAUCCAACAGUAUGUGGGCACACAGGACCAGUGCUGGACAUUGAGUGGUGUCCACACAAUGACCAUCUUAUUGCCAGUGGAUCAGAGGAUUGCACAAUUAUGAUUUGGCAGAUCCCAGAGAAUGGACUGACAGCCUCCAUCACUGAACCUGCUGUAACUUUGGAAGGACACUCCAAGAGAGUUGGUAUUGUAUCUUGGCAUCCAACAGCACGCAAUGUUCUCCUUAGUGCAGGAUUGGACAAUAUCAUCUUCAUCUGGAACGUGGGAACAGCUGAACCCGUGAUAACGCUGGAUAUGCACCCGGAUAUGAUCUACAGCACAUCAUGGAACCGUGACGGCAGUCUCAUCUGCACUGCAUGCAAAGACAAGAAUUUAAGGGUGAUUGAUCCCCGGAAAGAGGAAGUUAUUGCUGAAUUCAAAGCCCAUGAAGGAGCACGGCCUAUGAGAGCAGUAUUCUUGGCGAACGGCAACAUCUUCACCACUGGUUUCAGUCGUAUGAGCGAGCGGCAGCUGGCACUGUGGAAUGUAAAAAGUGCUGAAAGCAUCGCCCAGCAUGAAAUGGACACGAGCAAUGGCGUGCUCCUACCUUUCUAUGAUGCAGAUACAAACCUUGUUUACUUGUGUGGAAAGGGUGACUGCAGUAUUCGCUACUUUGAGAUCACCGACGAAGCUCCAUAUGUGCAUUACCUGAACACUUUCAGCACCAAGGAGCCACAGCGAGGGAUGGGAUUCAUGCCAAAACGGGGCCUUGAUGUUUCCAAAUGUGAAAUUUCCAGGUUUUUUAAACUUCAUGAAAGGAAGUGUGAACCAAUUGUCAUGACUGUGCCAAGGAAGUCGGACCUUUACCAGGACGAUUUGUAUCCGGAUACAGCUGGACCGGAACCAGCACUGGAAGCGGAGGAAUGGUUUGAAGGGAAAAACAAAGACCCCAUUCUCAUCUCCCUGAAGGAUGGCUAUGUCCCUGUCAAAAACCGAGAGUUUAAACCUCAAAGAACCUGUUUAGACAGACCAAAGAGAAACGAAAGUGGCAUUACUGCCCUGAAGGGAACUUCUCUCAAUGCAAAUUCCGAAUCCAAGUUGGAAGAGUUGGUGCAGGAGAUUAAAACUCUGAAGGCCACUGUAGCCAGCCAAGAUGAACGCAUUGCCAACCUUGAGAAUCAGAUGGCCAAGAUAGCUGUUUGAAGUCUGUAUUAUGCUUAAUUAUGGGGGUACAAUUGUCUGGUGUGUAUUAUCAGAUUCUCCGAAACCAAACUCUAACCCUCGUUCCCCUGCCAUUGGUCGAAGCACCUUCAGCUUUUCAGUAUCAAAUUACCCUUUUUCUUUUUUCCUUUCUCACUGGACUAACUUUGGUUAAAAUUUGGAAAACAAUACACUUUUUUUUUAAAAUAGAAUUUAUUUUCUGGAUUUUUAAUGCCAAGAGGAAACUAUUCUUCUCUACAUUCUCCACAUCAAAAAGAGUAUUAAUUUUUUUUAUUCCUAACUCGAGUCCUAUGCAUAUUAUCAAAGGUGUGCUUUACUCUAAUACUAGAGUGAUUUCCAGGUUAAAUGGGCUUGUCUGUCUCUUAUCUGUCAGGUACCUGUUUUUAAGUGACUACACAUUCCAUGUACAAGCGUACAGCACCAUUGAAAGAACACUUAAUGGGUUCAGCUCUUAUAGAGCAAAAGAAAUGGUGAUCUGUCAUUAAAUAUACUUGCAGUUACAAAGAUAAAAUGUUGUUUAUA